AUACCUAAAGAUCCUCCGAUGGAAGGUCAACCAUGGGAUGAGAUCUUCAAGGAUGUCGAUAAAGUGGCCAUUAGUGGUAACACACAUUGGCAGCAUCCCAAUUUCUACGCCUAUUAUCCAACUGCUUGCUCAUACCAGGCUAUUAUGGGCGAUAUCCUUAGUGAUGGACUUGCCAGCAUUGGAUUUAGCUGGGUAAGUUUCAUGCAUUUUCGGUGCUAA